AGUUGGGUUCGCCCAAUUUCGCAAGGUCAUAUGACAGUUAGUCGACCAAAACGAAAUAGGACCGCAUUUAGUGCUUUUUAUCGAUUUUUCUAUUAUUCAUUGUCCAUUGAGCACUUUGCGAAUUUGCAUCCAGAAUCCACGAUCAUGUCGCUCGUUUCGCAUAUCCUGCGUCGUUCAAUCUCGCAAUCAAUCGCUAAACAGGCCCAGGUAGGCGGUCCAUCCGCCGUUGCUGGCCACGAAGCCGGUGGUUACAAGGUAUGGAAGAAGCUGUCCUUUUUCGUGGCCAUGCCUGCAGUCGGCUUGUGUAUGCUUAAUGCAUACCUGAAACAUCAGGAAGAGCACGGCCAUCCCAGACCGGAGUUUGUCAAGUAUGAGCAUCUGCGCAUCCGUAACAAGCGGUUCCCGUGGGGCGAAGGCAACAAGAGCUUGUUCCACAACCCGCACACCAACCCCCUUCCCGAUGGCUACGAACACUAGGAAGUGGUAAUCCGCCUCCUCGUACUGUUUACAGCGGCCGGAACAACGGAAAGUGGAACCAAACUCCCAGGGGUUUUGGACAAACCGCUGGUUUGCACGGCUGAACAUCCGAUGUCCUAGUUGCCGGCUACCCGUUGACGUAUAGUGUCACUCUAAAUAAAACUUCGUUAAAAAGCACGAA